ACACACACACACACACACACACACAUGUGACAAUCACGACAGUGUACAUAUUACAUAAUUAAACCCUUGGUGUCUAAUCCAACAAGUACCAUUUACAUUCUCUCUCUAUUCUGCAUAGCAAUUCACGCCCCUUUCUGUGCAAUUGAAGAGUGAUCGAGAAUGGCGGAGGAGAGCGGGAAGAAAUGGGUGUUGAUGGUGACGGCACAGACGCCGACUAACAUAGCGGUGAUUAAGUACUGGGGUAAGAGGGAUGAGAAGCUCAUUUUACCCAUCAAUGAUAGCAUCAGCGUCACUCUUGACCCCUCCCACCUCUGCACCACCACUACCGUCGCCGUCAGCCCCGACUUCACUCACGAUCGCAUGUGGCUCAACGGCAAGGAGAUACCCCUUUCUGGAGGUAGAUACCAAAAUUGUUUAAGGGAACUUCGUGCACGGGCUAGUGAAGUUGAGGACGAGGAGAAAGGUAUUCAGAUCACGAAGAAGGAUUGGGAGAAGCUUCAUGUGCACGUUGCUUCUUAUAACAAUUUUCCUACUGCUGCUGGCUUAGCUUCAUCUGCUGCUGGUUUUGCCUGCCUAGCAACCGAAAUUUCUAUUGCUGAAGUUAUUGGAUCACCUUUUCUUUGUACUUUACUUUACAGUGUUUAG